AUGCCGGAACCGGCACCGACCGGAUCCACAACUACAGAUCCAGCUCAUGAAGAGAUUGUUUUGGACAGUGAUGAAGGUAGGACACUUUCAGUUGAGAUAAAAAACCCGACUUCUUUUUAAAUAUUGCUCAUGAUCAAUUUAGAUUCGGGAGAGGAGUCGGAAAUCGAUCUAGAAGCCUCGGACAACGAUAACGAAGAGGACGAUUGUGUGGUUGUUGAAGAACACGACACUUCUUCGAGUAAAAAACGAGAUUCUACAGCAAAUUUGGAGUCCAAUGAAGGGGAGGAUGAUCAGGAGAAAGGUAAGUAAAUUUUUGUUAUGUAUUUCUGCUUUUAGAUUCCGAAGAGUCGUCAGGAAGUGGCGAGGAUUCUGACUUUGAUGCUGACAGCGAAAGCGACGACGAGGAAGAGGUUGUUGUGAACGAUUACGCUGAGGGAUAUACAGAUGAUCUCGGAGUUUUGUGUUUUGACAUAAAUGAGAGUCAGGAAGAGUCUCCAGAGGUCAAAGAAGAUGUGGAGGAAACGGCUCAGGCCAUGGAAAUUGCGGAGAAAUCUGUUGCGGAGGCUCAUGUUGUCGAGCCGUCGACCAGUUCUCAAAGUUCACAAGAACUUCCAUCAGAUGCCAUGGAUAAUAUCGCAGAGGUUGCGGAAGUCCCGGAAGUCACGGAUUCAGAGGCUGCCGUUCCAGAAGCCGAGGAGCAGAUGGAACUUGAUCUCUCUGAGCAGUCAGAGGCCAGCACAUCUUCUAGCAGUUCUAGUUCGGAGUCCCCAUCAGAUGAAGAGGAAGAAGAUCCAGAUGAAUCAGACUCCGAACCAGAGGUGCUCAACCCAUUCAUCAACUUCAAAGUGGGUGCAGCUUGCUCCGAACUGGAAGAUCAACGAUUCUUGACGAUGUACAAAGAAUUAAAAGGCUGUUAUAACGAAUGGCGAAGUGAUGUUGAGGAUAAGGAGAAGAAGAACAACUUUUUCGAUAAAAUACAUGAAUGUGUUAUGCAGCCAUCGUUCAAACGGUUGAGCAAGGACGAGAAAACGUUUGAAUGGCCGAGGACGAGGAGGAAGGUUGAUGUUGUCGAUCAGAAAGACGAAAUUUUGUGUGCCUUUUGCCAUAUUCAGAAAUUAUUGGCCAGUGUUUGUAAAAAUCCCAUUCCUCACUUGUAUCAGGUAAGAUUUGGGGAAAUUUGUUAUUGAUUAGUUGGGAAAGAGAUUCUAAAUUUAAGAGAACACACUUGUCCUGAAUUUACCUUCAGUUUUACCUUAUUUUCAAUAUGAUUUAUGUUUUUUGGGGGCUAAUUUUCAAAAAAAAUUUGGUUUUAAAAUGUUUUUUAGGAAGGAUAAUAUAAUUUUGGACUUUUUUACAUUUCUUUGACAUGAAGUGACUGUUUUUUGCCAAAAAAAUUUACUUUGACUUAAAAUUUCAGCUAUUUUUUUAUGUUACAGAUGCUCAUGAUAACCCCGAACAAAAAAGAUCUCUGGAUUCGUCUAGCCAAGUCCUCAGCCCGCCUCAGUGACGUCAAAACCGCCACAUUUGCCUGUAAACGUCUUCUAUUUUUGGGUGAGGGACGAAGAGCCCAUGAACGUCUAAUUGUUAUGUAUUACGGCCUCUGCAGAUUUCCUGGUAAGUCAAUUUCAAAAUUUUUGAUUUUGUCUUUAGAAUGUCUUUUGGCUAUAAAAGAAGUGUUCAAAACAUGGCCCGACAAUCAAGUUGCUCUCGUUCUCCUGGAUCAAAUGCUAAAUUCUCCGUUGGUAAUGAAGGAUGCUGUUGAAAAAGUCAUGUACGAAAAUCAGAUCUCAACCAGACAGUAUUACAAAGUGGAAGAGAAGGUCAAGGAAAAGGUAGAUUGAGAUUUUUUUAUUGAAUUUGGAUUUUAGGUCAUGAGAAUGGUUCAAAGAUUCCGAGCGAAGAUUGUCCCUGAAGAUCAAGGCAGCAGUUUGCCAGGGGCGAAAAACUUUUAUGAAGUUGAAUUGGUGGAAGAUGACCUUAGUUUUAGCGGAUUUUCGAACAAAUUGAAGACGAUUUAUGAUGAAAUUGAAGAGGUAUGUGGAUUUUGUUUUUAAAAUUUCGAAUUUUAGAAACUUUCAACUCGGAUAUCAUUUAUUUACCGAUCUCCCGAAGUCUUCUAUGAGUCGGAUGAAGAGGAAGAGCCGGUCCCAUCGCCAGUGCCAACUUUGGAAACCAAUUCUCAACCAGAUGUGGAGAUGAAUUCAAAUCCAUCGGAAUCCGUGGCAGACGAAGAGGAAAGCGAAAUGGACCUAGAAGAAGAGCAGCACGACCUUGAGGAUGAAGAAGUCAUUCAGAGUUUGAUGAAUGAGAUGCUGGAGAGGUUGGAGGAGGAAGAACUUGAUGUCCCAUCAGUUGUAACCAUCGUUGAUGCGGCAUCUGAAGAGUCUGAGGCGUCGGCAAAAAAUAUGAUGGAGGUUGGAGAUGAGAAUGAACCACCGGCUAAGAAAAAGAAGGUGAGAAUUGGGUUUUUAUUUUGAGGUGUAACAAAAAAUAGAAAUUUUUGUAAGCUUUACGUAAAUUUUUUUUUUUUUGGGAGAAACAUGCUGAUUUUUAGUAAAAAUAUGAGAGAUCUGACUCUUUUUUGGAUUAUUAAGAGCUUUCGAAUAGAUUUUUGAACUUGAUUCGGUGAAAAUCAUGUUUUCUGUGCCUAGUGUAAUAUAAAUUUUAUCAAAAAUUUGGUAUUUUUGUUUUAUAAUCGUGUUGAAUACCCAUAGAAAGCCUUCUUUUACGGUUUUUUUUUGAGAGAAUUAUAAAGAUUUGAAGAAAUUUUUUAGUAAAGUUUAUCAUGGAUAAUAUAUUUUUUGCUGAUUUUUGACUGUUAAAGCUGGUUUUACGGUGUAGAAGGAUGUUAUAAGUGAUUUUAAUAAUUGAUUUGCCUUCAGAAAAGCCACAUUUUCGCCACCCGCCGAUCCACUCGUCAUGUGGAAGAGAUUGAAGAUUGCCCAUUCUCGUCCAUGCCAUUGGUCCUGGAGACGUAUAAUGUAAGUGAAAAAUCUUUUUAUUUAUUGUUUUCGGUUUUUAGAUCAGGAAGUGCCUUAAAGUUGAUAAAGAUGCCGAAUUUCACUUCUCCGGAUCAACCAAUACCAAUUAUUAUUUGCGCAUGAAAUCACCAAGUUUCUCGAAAAAUAACCGAAACCUGUACAAUGAACUCGACCUCCGCAGGUUUUUCAACGAUCUCCUAGAUGAAAUGGACAAGAAUCCGGCGAAUGGACUGUUUUUUGUUUCGAUUUUGGACAGAUUUUUGAGCUUUGUGGCCACGAAAGCCUUGGAAAAUGAAAUUUUGUUCAGUAAAGAGGAUCGAAAUGCGUUUUGGUGAGUGCUGGAGGGGUUGCAGGUUGUGGUACAGCUAUUUAGAUGUUAAGUUUGAUAGGACGUUAGAGCUUUUAAGAUUUUUAUAUUGAUUUAGUGAGAUUUUUAAGGGAAAUCUUGAAAUUUUUUAUUUUUUGGGUAUUUUUUAGGAUUUUUUUGGGAUUUUAUUGCUUUAUUGGAAAGAUGGAAUAAUGAUUUAUGAUUUCAGCGAUCUCUACGCCCUCUGGAAGCACCUCCGCUCCUCAAUUUCCUCCAAAAAACGGUCAAGAAACCCCUUUCAAAUCCAUCUUUUGGCCGCGGAAUUUGCUGAUCCUCUUGCCUUACAAACCAUGGAUUUUCAGCUAGGAAAGACGGUCAAUAAAGCGGUUAAAACGACAGACUCACCUCUUCCAUGGCAGUUUGAACGGCUUGAAAUUACCAAAGAAGUCAAAGAGCUGGAAGAAUCUGAUGAUUUGCCCCUGAAAUUGUUGGUAUCGGCACAAAGGAGUGUUGUCAAAUCCAAGACGAACCUGUAUUCGAAUUUGAAGUAUCGUAAAUGGAGGGAUAAGCAAGUGAUGGAGCCGAAGAAAUGCGAGAUUUUGACCCCAAUAAGCUUAAAAAAGGAGUUUGUCGAACUUGGAGGAGAUGAAUCGGCCGAAUUCAAUGUGAACAGUCUUGGAAAUAGAGCAGAACUGGUCUCUGUAGAGCCGGAAAAGACAUUUGAAAGUGAUUGGAAUGGGAUUGAGAAGAGUUUGGCCAUAAGGUAAGAGGAUUUUAUAUUGUUUUAGGUGAUUUUUUUUUGUUUUUUUUCGAAAUUAUGGAUAAAUGAAAGUUAUUUUUGAACUUUUUUUGAACUGAAAAUUGUCUUAGAAUACGUGUAGAAGAAAAAAAUUGCGGUAGUUUUGUGUAAAUGGAACUGGGACAAUUGGGGAAACCGAAAAGUAUUAUUUUUCUUCGAUGAAAAUGUCGAAAUUAGGAUAAUCGAGGGUGCUGAUUUCGAAAAUGACGUUCAUUUUUUGGUUGUUACUUUUUUCCGUAAACAGUACUGUAAAGUAGUAAUUUUUUGAAUUUUUUUUAUGAAAACUUUAUUUGGUGGUUUUCGAUGGUGCUGCUUUCAAAUCAAAAAAAAUGAAUAAGAUUUUCGAAAUCAGCAAGGUCGAAACCCCCCAAAUCUAGUAUUUAUGAAAAAAAUUCAAAAAAUUACUACUUUAUAGUACUACUUAAGGAAAAAAGUUACUGUCAAAAAAAUGAAUGUCAUUUUCGAAAUCAACACCCUCGAUUAUCCUAAUUUCGUCACUCGAAUCGAAGAAAAAUAAUACUUUUCGGUUUCCCCAAUCGUCUUUUUCCCAAUCGUCCAACUCCGGUUUAGAUUGGAGGACAAUUUUUUUUUUUUUUUGGCAUUUGAUGCCUAAAAUAGCAUAAUUGUCUAUUUUUGUUUUAUUUGUAGAUAUCAUUGGACCAGAGCGCUCCAGCAUCGAUUCCGACCAGUUGGCUACAAAAGCGAACGGAAAUUCGAAAGAAAACGAGAGCAAUUCCAUCUCCUCUCCCUGUUCCAAAUACUUGAUGAUCUCCAAACCGAGGGGACCCCGCAAAUCCCAGCCAUGAAGUCAUAUUUUAACCCCACAACAGCCCCAGUCAACGGAGAUUUCAGCCUCGAAAUUGCGACCAGACGAUUUGUACAAAACUACAAAAUCGAAAUGGACAAUUACAUCAUGUUCUUGAUAUCGCAAAAGGACUUGAAGAGCAUUGGCGAUAAGGAUAGGAUUAUUGACACGAUUUGGCAUUACUUUGAUUGGUCGGUGCUGGAAGCGGCGGACAAGUUCGAUUGCUGGAGACUGGUGUUUACGGCAUUUAUUGAGAAGAAGGCGGUGGGAGAAUUGUUCAGGAUGGCUGUGAGGUAAGGAUUUUUUUCGGAAUCUUCUUAAAUCUGAUGUCUAAAAUAAGGUUCAACAUGUCUCAAACAGCACUCAUAAAAAUUUUUAUCAAUAAUUUACAAAGCAAAAACCCAAAAAAAGCUCAAUGACAUCAUAUUCUCACAUUUCAAGAAUUUUUUUAUAUUACACAUGACCUGGUGACUAAAAUAAGGUCGCUACCUUCUAUAUUCAUAUCCGAAACCUCAAAAAAUCCCCUAAAUCCUCUCUCAGCAUCCCAGUGCACAUCCCAAACACCAAAUUUCUGCAAUAAACCCCAGUUACUACACUACAGUGUCGGACCGGAUACAGUGGCAAAAAACGGACCAUUUUGCACCCAGGAAGUAGCGAAAAAUGUGGCGAAAUACCUCCCUCUUCAAGUGAAAAAACAAUCCGAGUUCGAAAGCGUCCCGCUCUUUUUGUGAGGGAGAGGAUGCGCCAUUCAAAACGAAGUUUUUUCAUUUGGAGAGGGAGGCAUUUUGCUACAUUUUUUGAUACUUCCCGGAUGCAAAAUGGUACGUUUUUUUCCACUGGAUCAGGUCCAUCACUGUAGUGUAGUAAUUGGGGUUUAUUAUAGAAAUAGGGUGUUUGGAAUGUGCACUGUGGUGCUUAGAGAGGAUUUGGGGGUUUGUUGAGGGUUGAGAUGUAAAUUUAGAGGGUAACGACCUUAUUUUAGACACCAGGUCAUGUGUAAUAUAAAAAAUGUCUUAAAAUGUGAGAGUAGGAUUUAUUGAGCAUUUUUGAAGUUUUUGCUCUGUAAAUUAGUGAUAAAAAAUUUUGUGAGUGCUGUUUGAGACAUGGCCACCUUAUUUUAGACAUCGGAUUUAAGAAAAUUUUUGAAACAAUACGGUUUUUGAUGAUUUUUUUGACUUUUUUUAAAUAAGUGAUAAGCUAAUUUUUCAGCGGAUUGGAAGACGUCCUCCAGAACAAACUCCCAUCCCAUCAAAACGCCCUGGAAGUCCUCGAUUUCUUCCUCGAACAGAUCGAGCAAAACUUGGAAGAAAUCAGCCGGCAUGACCCAGCUCAACUCAAACUCCUUCUAAUAGAAUUGUCGGAGAAGUAUAGUUUCCGGAUUAAUCUAAGGUUAUGGAGGGUUAUCUACAAAGUCGCCCAACUCCAAGAUCCAAAAACCACAGAAGAGAUGAGCAAGUUUGUGGAAGAGACAAAGUUGGUCAAAGAUAGAUUGCCAUUGAUCUCAUUGAUGGUUCUGAAGGAGGCUCAUGAAGCGUUGGGACAGGAGAGACGGUGUGGAACGCAAGAGGUGAGAUCUUGGUAUAUUAUCCAUGAGAAAAUUGGUGAUUUUUUUUUUGAAAAAAAAAAUUUUUUUUGGGUUUUUUAAGGAAUUAUAGAGAUUAAUGUUUUGUAAAUGCUGUUUUUAGUAUAUGGAAGACAAUUUUUAGAUUCAUUAUCAAAAAUUAUUGAGUUUUGACCAAUUUUUGUCCAAAAUAUUGGGUCGUCCAGAAAGUUCGUACAAAAUCCCGAAUAAUCUUAAUUUUUGAUUAUUUCCAGGGGAAAUUCUUACUGUUUUGCCUCGAAGAGUUCACUAGCGCUCCGGAAAAUAGAUUGAUCACGGACCUACUGCAAAACGAAAACGAUCACACACGCGAAUUGAGGCACAACUUGGAAAAGGAGAUCCUCCAACUUUUCACCUGCUACACUGGUCAAAAUAUUCGCUGCAGAUUGAAACUGAAGGAGCAUCAAAAUGAAAAACGGCCCCUGCCGCCGUUCGAGAUCCUUCAACGAAUAUUGCAACUGAUUUUGCCCAAGAAUUUGCCGUUAUUUGAUGACCAAAUGACGCUGAAAUCGGAAGUCAUGGAGCUGGUGCGAAUUGUAACUGCUGAAUUGGAGGUAAGCGAGAUGAGUAGGGGUUUUUUGAAAGGUAUGAUGAAUUUUACAAGGAAAUUACUUCUAUGGGGUAUGGAGUUACAGGUCGAGGAAUAUAUCAAAAAAAUUGAAAAUUUUUCUGAUUCAGAAUAUGUAAAAAUUAGCUGCUUAAUUUUGGUUUGUAAGGGCGAAAAAAUCUUCAGAAAUUUUCUUGCAACACCACAUAAAUAAGCCUUUUUGGCCAAGUUUUUACCAAUUCAAAAGUUUGUUUGGGGCUAAAGUAAACCCUGGCAUCUUGACAAGCCUUAAGAUAUCAAAUUGGAUUAAUACUACCUACAUUUCUUUACAUUGGAACUACUAAUUAAGGUAUAUUAUUAAUCAAAUUUGAUAUUGUAAGGCUUGUCAAGAUGCCAGGGUUUACUUUAGCUAAAAAAAGAUAAAGCUUUUGAUUUGGUAAAAACGUGGUCAAAAAGGCAUUUGCAUGGUAUUGCGAGGAAAGUUCUGAGGGGGUUUUUUACCCUUACGAAUCAAAAUUGGGCGGCUAAUUUUUACAUAAUUCUGAAUCAGAAAAAUUUUGGGAUUUUUUUGAUAUAUGUCUCGACCUGUAACUCCAUACCCCUUAGAAGUACUUGCCUUGUGAAAUUUUUUAAAUGAUGUAGCACAUUAUGGCAGAGAAUGGUGGUUAUUGUGCAAUUUUUUGUUUCAGAGUCCAUUUACCAGUUCUCACAUUGAAGAAUUUAAUGAAUUUGUCGCCAAGAAUUUCCGUUUCAAGCCAGUUUUCAACUUUGAAUCGGACGGAACUCUCAUUCUACCGCUAAACUCGAUCUUUGAGGACCGCGAUCUCUUGGCCUGGCCUAGAAUUGACAUGGAUAAGGACCGCGCGAUUGUCACCUCAAAGUCCCUUUACCUUUCGGCAUUUUAUCAAUACAGAAGCACCGGAAAAGACAUCAAAAACUUGGCCUAUCAGAUAUUAAUGAUGUCCGACGCCUUAACCCGAGAAUUACAAUCGAGUGUGUGGAUUAUGUUGGCCAAGAGUUCGGUGGGAAGCGUCGACGACCUCGCCAAGGACAUGGAUGAAGUCUUGUUCCCGUUUCGAAUGUCGAUAUUGCUGAAGGUGGACUGCGCAGAAGCCCAUCUGGACCUGGGCAGUAUAAUGUACCAAAUUCAUGCACUGGAUAGUAGAAAAAUGGUGAGUUUGAAGAGUGUGUGAGAACAGGGUAGAGUAUGGAAAAUGGAUUGGGUUUUGGACGGUUUUAAUAGGGUUUGGCACAAAACAAUUACCUUGUUUUAGGUGGAGAUUAUGUUACACUUGCUAUUUUUUGGUUAAAAAUUUGCUUUUUUUGAUAUUUACUUUUGUUUAUAUUGUCUAUAUAGUUCUUAUUUGACUUCUACUGCGUUUUUGAACAAUUUAAUUUAAGAAAAUUGACGUUCUCAAUGUUACACAUGAGCUGGCACUUACAAAAAAUAUUUAGGGCUAAGAAAGUUGAAUUUUUAUUGCAAAAUUAGAUUUUUUUGCUGUUACACUUUGCUCACGACUUUAUCAAACUGAAUAGACGGGUUUCCAAUCGAAAUAAGAAAUUUCAAUUUUUCGUGGUGGGACCCAAAUUGAGGAAUAAUGUUUUCGAUCCAAGAGGAAAAUUUUGAUAGCAGAGUAUAAGGUUGUCUAAACAGAGUAGUUUGUGAUUGAUGUCUUAUUUUUUUCAGCGUUCCAACCCCUCCGAAUCGGACAAACUUGAAGCCCGGAAGAACAACUUGUCCCUGAUCCGCGCCUGCCAAACCCACUUCCUCCUCGCGGACCGCUUCAAAACUCAAGCCAUUGACAUUGGCUGGCUUUGCUGUUAUUUCUCCGGAAAGGUUUCGGAAAAACUCAAAGAGUCGAUUGAUAUUGUCAUGGAUCAUUACACGGAAUGUGCCCAGCGAAUGCACGAUGAUCAAUACGUCUUCCUUCACAAGAUCUCCAAGAAAAAUCAGUCGAAUUUGGAGCCGCUGGAAUUGUUCUACAGAGUUCAUUCGUUCUUGGAAAAGAGGUUUUUUGCGUCGAAGGAGAUGAAUGGGUAAGGAUAAUAUAAAUUUUAUUGGAUUUUGAUGAAAAUUUUUGUAUUUUUUGCUGGGUUUGGAGCUGAAAAUUUGUUUUUUAAGAUAGGAAGGUGUUUAUUGUUGAAUUUACUGUAAUUUUUGCUUUUUUACAGUAGAAAACUUAUUUUAUUUUAUCGUGUUUUAGGUCCUCCCUAAAGAUUCGUCGAAAAAUCCUCCAUUACAUGCAGUAUUACUCAACGUAUGGCGUCUCAAAGGCUCCUGACAGCACUACGAAGCAAUCAGUACAAAAUUUCUUCUCAACUCUUCCAACUACAUUCGACGCAAUCAACGAUAUUAUACUUGAGCUAACAGAAGAAACCCCGGAAAAUGAGAUCCAGGAAACGAUGAGUGAGAUGACGGAAUGGGUGGAAAUUGAAGAGAGAACAAAGACGUUGCUAAAGUCGGCAUAUGAAAGCAUUUUGGCCAAAUUUCCCCAUUACAAAGCGGCCUUCAGACUGGCAGAAAUUCAGAUUAAUGAAGGCAGUUCGACGAAAUGUAUAAAAACUUUGAUGGAAUAUGUCUUCAAAGGUCAUAAGAGAAUCAAUGUUAAUGCGAAUAUCUUCCAUGUAAGGAUUUAUAUUGUUUUAGAUACUAGGGUAGAAUUUUGGAAAAAUUGAAAAUUUGAAAUUUUUUUGAUGAAGUUAAUAGAAUUGAGCGGGUGAAUUACUAGAGUAGGGAGAUUUAGGAGGUAGAUUAAUGGUCUAGUUAGGUGGUACUUGAUAUUAAGGGGUAUUUUUUGAGAUUUUUGAAUUUUUAUCGGUUUUUUGAGGAAAGGCUUGAGAAAUGUCGAAAAUGAUGUCUAAAAGAUGAUUAUUUUGAAUGUUAGAUGUAGAUUGAGCACUAUGAUUUUUCGAAGAGAGCAUCAGUGGUUCCUACAUCAAAGAAUUUUCAUGUUUUAGUCGAUAAAUUUUGAAUUUCGGCCGAUAUUUUAGAAUUUUUGGGCAAAAAUAUUAAAAAAAAUGUAAAAAAGUAGUUAAAAUUGCGGAUUAUUUCCAUUGUUUUAAGUCAAGUUUAAUGUCCUAUGUUUUAGAACAUCACGGAGAUCCAGCGCUCCGACUUUGAACGAGGAACCGCCCUUCAUUUCCACAUUGGCCGCUGCCUGGACCUCUUCCUGAAAGCCCUCCAAAGAACCCAUGAUCUGGGCCAUGUGAUUGUAACUCUCCAUUCCCUUUCGAACCCCGCAUUCUUCGCCUCGAGCUACCUCAGUCAAGAUGUGAUCCAUCAGAAGAUCCGCAAGUGCCUUCUUCUCAUCAAGAAUAUGUUAAUCCACCCGCGAAAUGAAUGGGCAACUCAUUUCGAACAGUACGAAGUGGUGCUGCAAAGCAGUGUCACCCACAUUGCCAAGGCUGAAGUCAAAGUGGAUUCGGCGUUGGUGACGAAAUUGGCGGAGUUGUUGGGGAAAACGAAGAAUCAUUAUAAAAAUAUCAGGGUGAGUGGAGGUUUGGUGGUUUUUCGAAAAUUUUGAGGGAUUUUUUGAGAUUUUUUUGUGGAUUAUGGAUUGGGUUUGACUUGAAAAGGAAUGUUAGAUUAAAGGAAGGUGGAAUUUUGGGGAUUAUUAAUCAAUUUUUCAAGUUUGAUCAAUUUUUAUAUUGUUUUAGGCAAAAAGUUUGGAAGUUUUAAUAUUUUUAUAGUUUUUGAUGUGAAAUCAUAUGUUUUUUUGGUGGGAAAUGGAUCAGAGACUUCAUGAGAGUUAUAAUUUUGCUUUUUUAAAAUUAAAUUUUACCUAUUUUUAUAUUGAUUUAGAGUAAGAAACGAGAUUUUUUUUUUUUUUUUGAAAUUUAUCCGAAUUUUUUUCCGGAAGAUCUAAAGAACUUGUAUUUUAGCUGCAGACAAUCUCCCGCCCCCAUCCAAUCCCUCACCGACCCCCACAUAUCGAAGAUUCCUCGGCUUCGACUCAAGAUUCCCAAUCCGCCAAGGCCGAGAACGCCCAAUUGAUCAUGGACGCAAUGAAACAACUCCGCGCCGUGAAAACCCCUAUUCAUAUGCAACAACAGCUCAUCAGAUUGCUGGAAAGGUACUCGCAGAACGACCCGAAGGUCUUCAAGGUCCUGUUGAAACAGUUUGUUGAACAGAGAACGGCCGAAAAGCGGCCGUUCGCGGAAAAUGAUCAAAAUAAAGGCACCAAAGCGAGUGAACCUCCACAGAAAAUGGCUAAAAAGGUAAGAAAUUUGGCGAGGAAUAUAGUGGAGAUUUGGAUAGUUGAAGAAUUUUUGGGAAAUGAAGACUUUUGAGCAAAAAAUUAUAUUACUUUAGGUAUUUUUUGAAGCUUUUGGUCGAUUUUGGUUUUUUUUGUUGUGUUUAAAGUGUGACUAGGAUAUUAUAUAGGUAUGAGGAUAUUUAUGUUUGAUUUUCAAAGGGUUUUAGAAUGUUUUUUUGACCUUUUUGUUACCUAAAGUAAUAUAAUAUUUUUCUAAAAUUGCCAUUUUUUGAUGUUGAAUAUAAUAUCAAGUAUAAAUUAUUGUGUUUUCAGGACGUCCCAUCCACCUCUGGCCUCUCAACCCUUCAAGUCAACUCGAAUUUGUCGAAUUCGUCAUCCCCUCGAAGAGUUUCACCCAAAUCUCCAGCGAUUCCUCGGGUUAACGGCGAUUCAGCGAAGUCAAAAUCCCCAGCGAACAAUGAUUCCGAUGAUAUUGAGAUCCUGGGAGUAGUCCCGGCGGCCAAACCGACCUCGACUCAAAAUGGAACACAAAAAAGUUCAAAAUCGACGGAAAAUCCUGCAAAAGAACCGAAGAAAAGUUCGACUUCCCAGAAAGAUAUCUCCCAGUUGUCGGUGGAAUCGAUAAAACAAGUCCUGAUCUCGGCUAGACACGCUGGCCCCGAGACCUGGAGCAGCCUGCUCAAAUCCCCAAUGAUGCUGGGAAUCCUGAAGUUGCCACAGGCAGCCGAAAUAAUGAAAAGUUUGUUGGCCGCUGAAGGAGCUAGCAAAAGUAAUACAGCGUCUACAGCAAGUCAAAUUCAGCAGAAUACAAGUCAGAUUCAGAAAAAGAGUAGUGGUAAUCAAGGUAGGAUAAAGAAAUUUUGUUUUGAGGGGGUUUUUGGGGGUUUGUUACAGUGACGAGAUUUAUAUUACACUUGAUAGAUUUGAUAUCCAAGUGAAAAAAAUACAAGCUUGAAAUUCCCCAAAAAGACAAUACACAAAAUCUAUAAGCCAGAUGUGACUCCAUAAUGUCAAAUAUCGAUACAUUAAUCAUUCUAAUCCAAGAUUUCUACCCAGAAUUUCACUUCUCACCUACUACAAUGUAAUUUUGCCUACCAAUGUAAAACCAGAGACUAAAUUUUGCUAUAAAUCGCUCUAUUAAGUUCUACGCCCUUCCAUAAACCAUUCACAACCGUCCAGACCUAAACCUUUCCUACAAUUUUCCUGUAAAAUUUAUUUUGCCUUCUACAAUAUACAGUGGCGGACCUUAUCCAGUGGCAAAAAACGUAACAUUUUGCAUCCGGAAGUAUUAAAAAAUGUGGCAAAAUGCCUCCCUCCCCAACCAAAAAACUCCGUUUUGAAAGGCGUCCUUCACAAAAAGGACGGCCGCGCUUUUGAAAACGGAUUUUUUAGUUGGGGAGGGAGGUAUUUUGCUACAUUUUUUAAUACUUCCCGGAUGAAAAAUGGAACGUUUUUUGCCACUGGAUCAGGUCCGCCACUGUAUAUUGUAGUAGGCAAAAUGAUUUUAUGGGAAAAUUGUAGGAAAAGUUUAGGUCUGGAUGGUUGUGUAUGGUUUAUGGAAGGGCGUAGGACUUAAUAGAGCGAGUUAUAGCAAAAUUUAGUUGCUGGUUUUACAUUGAAAGGCGAAAUUAUAUUGUAGUAGACGAGAAAUGAAAAUUUGGGUACAAAUCUUGGAUUUGAACGACUGUGUAUCGAUAUUUGGCAUUAUAUGGUUACAUCUGACUUAUAGAUUUUGUCUAUUGUCUUUUUUUGAAAAUUCAAGCUUGUUUUUUUCACUUGGAUAUCAAAUUUAUCAAGUGUAAUAUAAAAAUUUUUAUAAAAUAUUAAUUUUUGAUGUUUUUACUUUUAGAUACUGCUGCGAAACCCCCGAAUCCUCCCACACUAACUCAACAAACCUCUAGUCAACCUCCGAAACAGCCACCGGCCCCUAAAAUACCUCAACUAAACGCUCUCAACUCACAAAAUGUGCCAAAGAAAACUCCAAUUCCAACGAAUGGAAAUGUCCCACAGACAGCGAAAAAGCCCCAAAUAUCCAUGAAAAUGCCUCAAAAGACGGCCCCAGGAGCUCCUCAAACAGGCCAAGAGGAUCUGACGAAGACCCCAUUGUAUGAGAAAAUCAAAACCAUGAGCAAAGAACAGCGUCAGCAGCUCCGACUUACGUUGAAUAGCUCGAAUAGGAGGACCAAUGGAAUCUCAGUGGAACAGGAGAAACAGCUGAGAAAGGUUCUGACCCUGUUUGACACAAAUGUCGAAGGUAGGUUAUAUUGUAGUAGGCAAAAAGAGGUUAUUUAUUGGGAAAAAAGUGGUUUGUUGUGGGAAAUAUGGGUUUAUAGAGAUAAAAUAAGGUUCUGUGUUUGAAUUUUGAAAGGUUUGUCCUUUUGCAAUGGGUAUUUUUUAGGAUUUUUAUCGAGAUUUUUGAUAUUUUAGGUCAUGGGUAAUAUAAUUUUUGAAUUCAAAUUUGGAGUUAUUGUGUUUUUAAGGAGUAUAAUGUUGUAUUAAGACUAGAAAAAAAGUUGGAUGUGAGUUUAUUUCAGAUUUAGGAUAUUUUUAUGCGAUUUUUGGUAGUUUAGGUCAUCUAAAAAUUUUUUUAUGAAGGUUAAAUUUUUCCUAAAUUUUUUAUCUCAUUGAUCGUAUUUCAGCCUCCCGACCUCAGCCUAACCCUCCAGCCGUCACCAAUCCAUCGAAAAACACAGUAGGUAUCUUAAUUCCGGCCCUUUCACAACCCUAUUUACGCCUCUAUCCCCGCCCACCAGCACCAAAAAAAUGACCAAAACUUUCCAAUUUUUUCUUUGUUUUGGUUCUCUUUGAAUUGUUUUAGGACGUUUCAUUGUUCUGUGUUUGAUUCCCGCUUGUGUUUCACUCUUUUUCACUAAUUAUUUUUCCUUUCCCACUUACCGCAAUAAACUAUUUUUUUAAUGUGCUUGUAGUGGUGAUAGUGUUAGUGAUAGACGCCAAAAAUGUAUUUGAGCUAGAAGUGGACUAUUUGUAGAUUGUUUUGAGCCUUGAUUGGGUUUGUUUCGUUGAUUGUGCACUUUGUAGUGGCCAAAAGAUUAUGGUGUACUAGUCAGGUCUAGGUGAAGAUAAUUUUUUUGGGAAAAAAGAUGGGGUUGAUACUUUUUUUCUGUAGAGUGCAUUAGCAUUGCGUAUUUUACAAUCUUUAGAGAUUUUUUUAUAACUUUUAGGUCAAUUUUUUUCAUUCGAGACCUUAUUUUAGCCUAUUUUUGAGAAAAUUGAUUUUUUUUUGUUUGACAAAUGCACUUGUAAAGUUUAAAAUUUUGCUUAACAGGCGACAAGAUCGUAUUUUACAAUUGAAAAAAGUCUUGUUUUUUAUUUUUGAUAUGCGUUUUAUUUUUUUUUCGAUAUUUUUUAGUCAUCUUUUUAAAGCCAAAGUUUUUUUCAAACCAAUCAAGGCUCAUUGUUUGUCCUAGAAUUUCACAGCUAGCCACAAAAUCUUUUUUACAUUGCCAACCCAUAAUUUUUAAGCUCAAUUUUACCUCUAAAAUUUCAAUUUUCAGCCAGUAACAUCCACUUCUACCCCAAUAAAGCCAACGCCUGAGAUUUCAACGCCAACUUCAACGAAAUCCCAAGCGCCGGUGACCUCGUUGAAACCGAAAGCAACUCCAUCGAAUAGAGUGCCAUCUCCGAAGACCAUCCAGAACCUUCAAAGUGCACUUUUGGCGUUCCAAAGUUUGGGUGGAAAUGCGAAAGCCCCGCAAAAUUCGAUUUUCAAAACAGCCGCUGUUGACAAAUCCACCGGUGAUAAGGAGUUCUGGGAGCAUUUUCGCAAGGCCAAGGAGACCAUGGCUCCUUUUAUGUUCAAGGCGCAAAAUCCGACGACGGCUGCAACGGCUCAAACAACAAGCUCUUUGAAGGUUCCUGCUGCGUUAAAUGCUACUCAAAGUCAAGUUAAAACUCCUGUACUUCCUAAGGAGAAUGUUAGCAGCACCACUAGCACUUCGGCGUAUCAAUUGAAGCCCACAACCACCCACAGUAUGGCGAAUAUUUUGGGGACCAGCCAAAGCCAGAGUCAAAGUCCAAUUUCAACGAUAUCUCAGGCCAAGAAAGCUCUCGUAACCUCAACUUCAACACCAACGAAGCCCAAUGGAUCUACUAUGAUCUCAUCAACGUCCUCAGCGAACAUCUCAACUCCCCUCAGCAGGGCAGCCAAUUUAUCUACACCUUCCACAUCAGCUAACAAGAUGACUUCGAACGUUCGAAACGCGCAACUAACCCCUCAGGCAAUGAAUCCCAACGAUCGAGCGAAGCCUUCCGGCUCUAAAGCACCUACAGCAACUGCGGCGGCGAAUGUCAGCAUGGAGGAGGUGAUGAAAUUGUGCGUUGUAAUGCAGAAACCCAUGGACAAGUGGACCAAGGAAGACGCAUCGCUGGUUCAGAACAAAUUGCCCGAAAUUCAACGCCAAUUCCUCGAGGCAACCAUUGCGAACAACUCCGCCAACAACCAGAUGAUGCUGAUGAUGCAGCAAAUGAUGCAGGGAAAUCCAAAUAAUGAGAAGAAAAAAGCGGAAGAAGAGAAAUUGAAGGCGGAAAAGGCACUGAAAUUGAAGAUGGAACAGGCCGAAAAGCUGCGAAAGGAACAGGAAUUGAAGAAGAAAUUGGAGGAGGAACGCAAGAAACAGAUGCUGGAAGAGUUCCGGAAGAGGGAAGAGGAACGGCGGCAACGGAUUUUGGAGGAAAAAGCCGCCAAAGAAGCGGAAAAAAGAAGAAAAAUUGAAGAAGAAAAGCAACGAAAAUUGGCUGAAAAACAGGCGGAACAAGAGCGAAAAGCGGCCGAAAAGGCGGCCGAACUCGAACGCAAGCGAUUGCAGGCCGAAGCGGAGCGCCAUCGCCGCCUCGAGGAGGAGCGCCAGCGACAGGAAGAGCGCCGUCGCCAAAUCGAAGCGGCCGAAAAAUUGCGCGCCGAAGAGGAGCGCCGGCGAAUCGAGGCGGAGCAACGCCGAAUGGAGGCGGAGCGACGGCAACGCGAAGUCGAAGAGCGCCGCAAAAUGCAGGAAGAAGAGGCCAGAGCGGUGGAAUCGAUGAAAAGUUUGAUCGACGAUGACCAACGCAGCAAUUACACUGAUGAAAGCGAGAGUUUCGAGGAGGAAAGACGAAGACAGAAGGAGGAGGAGCGAAAACGAGCCGUGGAAAUGGAGCGCCUCAAGAGUUUGGAGAAAAAGAAGCUGAUCCAAGAGCGAAUUCAUCGCGAAAACAUUGAAAAACAACGCCAAAUCGAAGAGAAUCGAAGGCUGCAAGAGCAGCGGAUUCAAGAACAGCGUCAGAAAGAGCAAGAAGACGCCAGAAAACGACAGGAAAUGGAGGAAUUGGAGAGAAAAAGACAAGAAGAACAUGUCGCAAUGAUCCGAAGAGUCAAAUCCGAGCAAAUUGAAGAGUUCUCGAGGCAUGGAGAAUAUAAUUCCAGUCGAAAUAUGGAGCCAAAUCCAAUGCAAAAUCAGGAAAUCAUGGCGAAUAGUGAGAAUCAACCGUCAAGCGAUAAUGAUGACUUUUUGGGAUCGUUUCUAAGCGAACAAUUGAAGAGAGAUGAGCAGGAAAGAGAGGAGCGGAACAAGGCAAAAACUCAGAAGAAAUCGCCAGCGAUUGGGCAGCAACAAUCCCCGGGAAAUGCGUUUUAUGCACAGCAGCAGUUUGUCGUCCCCCAGGGAGCUGCUGGAUUCAGCAAUCAGCCGCAAACUGCUUCCCUGCACCUUAAUCAGCAUCAAGCAGCGACUAUUAUGAACAAUCAGCCUCAAGGACCGUCGGGAUUCCAGAAUCAGCCAACUUUCAAUAAUCAGCCUCGAUCUGCGGCUGGCUUCCAAAAUCCGCCAAAUCAGCCACGAUCUGCAGCUGCAUUUAAUAAUCAGCCUCAAUCAGCUUCCGGAUUUCAAGGCCAGCUUCAACAGACUCAAGGAAUCAGCAAUCAGCCUCAAUCCGCAUCUGCAGGCCAUAAUCAGCAUCAGCAAAUAGCAGUUAUCUCAAAUCAGCCUCAAUCAGCAGCUGGAUUCAGUAAUCAGCAUCAAGCAGUUCCUCAGUUCCAGAAUCAGCCUCAAACAGUGGCUGCGUUCAAUAAUCAGCAUCAGCCAGGAGGAAUCGUCCCGAAUCAGCUUCAAAACCAAGCCUCAGCAUUUCCCCAGCAAUCCCAAAACAAGGUCUACGAGCGUCGCCAGAUCCGUCCACCCAGCUUCUCCUCGAAUCAGCCUCAAAAUCAGCAACCUCAAGGCUUCCAGAAUCCGAUGAACACCUCCCCAGCAGGCCAAGUACAACAUCAGCAACAGCAAAAUUUCAGCCUAAACGCGGAAAGAAGCCCAUUGACGAUCCCGAAAAGAAGCCCCAUCAAUCCCAGCAGCGCUGGCAGCAGCUCCAGCGUGAAUAAUGUCCCAGCCUCGCCAAUAAACCCUCAGGCAAUGAAUCGAUCCAUGGGCCAGUACAACAUGGGCAGACCGCCAAUUCAACGACAGCAGGCGGUGGAAAGCCCCAUAGCCAACUCGCCGCAGUUUGCGAACAAUUCGCCGUAUCAGAAUCAACGGAGACCGUCCUGGUCGAACAAUAACUCGUUUGAAAGUGAGUUUUUGAUUGAAUUGGAGGUGAUAUCCGGGUAAUUUUGUGCCAAUGGGUAGUCUAGAGGACUAAACUCUGUAAUAAAAUGGCCGGUGGUUAAUUUUGAAACUGCCACAGACAGUUAUAGCGUUUUUAGCGACACAUGUCACUUCUCUAUCAUGUAUAAUAUAAAAAUGGUUGUAAAACAGGGAAAAAUUAGUUUAUUUUCUGAUUUGGCACUGAAAUAGACGUAUUAUUAACUCUACUUGAUUCGCUUUAAUUUUUGAGUGAUAGGGUGACAUUUUAUACGAUGAAAGAUGUCCUGAUUUUCAAAAGUGAAAAUUUUAAAAUUGUUUGCUAAAAUGAUUUUAAAUGUCGUAUCAUUAAUUUUUAUGUCAUCUAGGAUGACUGAAGAACAAAUUGGCUUAUUUUAAAAUCAUUUUUUUUCAGAUCAAAACUCCCCAUUUGUGCCUCAAAACCCGAUGAUGAUGAAUAUUUCAAACUCGAUUGCCGGCAAUUCCACAAUGAGUCAGAACCCCGCAAUCCAGCAGAUGCAACGACAAAUGUCGGCCUCUCAAAUGCCAAACAAUAUGAUGACCAAUUUCCAAAGUCCACCGAAUUCUCAGGGCUCGAAUUCUAGCCAAUCAGCGACGUCCCAGCCUUUCUCCAGCUUCAUGAGACAAGCGGUCGGAGAAACUGCCCCCAGUUUUAACAAUGGGCAAAGUAUUGCAAACCCAAAUAUGGCAUUUUCAGCUGGAAUGAAUAUGCCGCCAGGACAGAAUAUGAAUAAUCGUGAGUUUCGGAUUUUUGAUUUUUUUUGAAUUUUUUUUGGAUUUUAGCUGAAUUUUUGAAAUUUUUUGCGAUUUCAUUUUUGAAUUUUUGGAAAUUUUUUAUUAUUUUUAAUUUUUUUAAAAAUUCAAAAAUAUUUUUUUUAAAAUUUUUGGAUUUUUUAUUUUUUUUUUCUUGAUUUUAUCAAAUUUUUUUUUAGUUUUUUUUUAUUUUUGAAAGUUUUUUUUCAUUUUAAUUUUCUUAAAAUUUCGAAUUUUUUUUUUUUUUUUUUGAAAUUUCCCAUUUUUUCAUAUUUUUUUAUCUUUUUUAUAAUGCCAAAAAAACUUUUAUUAAAACUUUUUUUUUAUUUAAUUUGAUUUUCCAAUCUAAAAAAAAUUUUUUUCAGAAAUCCCCUCCCUCCCCAACAGCAAUAUGCCGCCGAACGGGGCCAACUGGCCGCAGGGACGAAACAAUUUUUAUCAGAAUUACUACGGUUAA